AUACACUGUAUUAGAUGAGUCUUAUACAGUGAUGCUGGUGAUGAACCAAUCCAUUUAUGUUCGCACGGAGUACUUAUGGUCUGUAAACGAGAGAGAAUGGACAGUUUACAAUUCAUUACCAAGAGAUUUUUGUGACAAUUAUGCUCUGUGUGGUCCCUAUGGAUAUUGUGAUUUUAGGGUUGUUCCAUCUUGUAGCUGUCUAGAAGGAUUUAAGCCAAGAUCACUCCAGAAUUGGAAGGCAGGGGGUUUUGCAGAUGGUUGUGAACUAAAUAAACCGAUAAAUUGUAGUGAUGAAGUCAACUUUGCACAAUUCAACCAAAUGAAAUUGCCUGACACAACGCGUACGUGGAUAAACAGAAGCAUGAAUCUUGAAGAAUGCAAGCAAAAGUGCUUGCGGAAUUGUUCUUGUACGGCUUAUGCCAAUACAAAUAUCAGUGGGAGUGGAAGUGGCUGUGUCUUAUGGAUGGGGGAUAUCAUUGACCUGAAAAUAAUUCCUGGUGCUGGACAGGAUUUAUAUGUUAAGAUGCUGGCAUCAGAAGUAGAAGUCAAGCAUGGAGAGGCACCAAAAAGAUUAAAUCGUAAGGUGAAGAUUGCUUUGGUUGGGAUUGCCGUGGGUUUAGUUUUGGCUAUCCCCUUCGUAUGCUUUUACACUUUCAAAAAGAGAUCAGCCUGCAAAGAUGGCCAUGAGGAAUUAGAAGCUGAAGACUUGGAGCUUCCCUUGUUUGAUUUAUCCUUGAUAAAUAGUGCCACUAAGAACUUCUCACUUGAAAAUAAGCUUGGAGAAGGUGGCUUUGGACCAGUAUAUAAGGGUAAGCUUCCAGAUGGACAAGAUAUUGCUGUGAAGAGGCUUUCAAAGAGCUCUGGACAGGGAACGAAUGAGUUCAAGAAUGAAGUAAUCCUAACUGCAAAGCUUCAACAUCGAAAUCUUGUAAAACUUCUUGGUUGCUGCAUUCAAGGAGAUGAGAAAAUGCUAAUUUACGAGUACAUGCCAAACAAAAGUCUGGAUUUAUUUAUAUUUGAUGAAAGGCGAUGUCAACUAUUAAACUGGUCGCAACGGUAUCACAUUAUCUGUGGGAUUGCAAGAGGACUCGUGUAUCUUCAUCAAGAUUCUAGAUUGAGGAUUAUACAUAGAGAUUUAAAAGCAAGUAACAUUUUACUUGAUAUGAAUAUGAAUCCAAAAAUCUCUGAUUUUGGUCUUGCUAAAACUUGUGGAGGGGAUCAGACCGAAGGAGAGACAAUAAGAGUAGUUGGAACCUAUGGAUAUAUGGCCCCAGGAUAUGCUUUUGAUGGACAGUUAUCAAUAAAAUCCGAUACAUUUAGUUAUGGCAUUCUGUUGUUGGAGAUCAUUAGUGGAAAAAGAAGCUGGGGAUUUCGUCACUCGAAUAACCAAAAUCUCAUCGGUUAUGCAUGGCAAUUAUGGAAAGGGGGAAGUCCAGGAGAAUUGAUUGAUGACACAAUUCAAGAAACCCGCAAUUUCUCAGAGUUAUUGAGAUGUAUCAAUAUCAGUUUGUUGUGUGUUCAACAACAGUCCAAUGAUCGACCCAUGAUCUCGUUGGUAGUUAUGAUGUUAGGGUGUAAAAUUCCUUUGUUACAACCAAAACAAUCUGGAUUUUUUGCAGAAAAUGAAGGCAUUGCCAUGGAUGGCUUCUCAGAUAAAGAUAAAUCAGCUUCAACCAGUGGGUUUACAUUAUUUGCAUUGUCAGAUACUCAAUAAGAACAAUCAAAGCUUCACACCAAGAAUCUUGCUUUGUCAAUAUUACCUUGAAUCAAAGUGUUGUACUAGAGGCUACACUUUAGUUUCUCUUCAUUUUUCUACGAGGAUGCAUAUCUCAAUACUUUUAGUUUAAAUUCAAUUGACAAAUUUCUACUUUGACGUU